AUGGAGAGUAUAGAAGGUGUUCAACCGUCUUCAAGUCGCACACCUGGUGUAGAUAUUAAUGCUAUUGGGACAUUCGAAGGAACCGGCAUAUAUGAUGUUGAUUUAGACUCAUUUGAAGAUAAGCCUUGGAGAAAACCAGGUGCGGAUAUUACGGAUUACUUUAAUUAUGGGUUCAAUGAAUAUACAUGGAAAGCAUAUUGCGCGAAACAAAAACAAAUGCGUGAAGAUCAGCAUCAACGCAAGAAAAUACAUGUAUAUGAAUCUAAACAAGAAAUGAAUAAUUUGCCCGAAUUGCAAUCCAUCAAUCAAUCCUCAUCGGGAGGACAAGAGCAUAAUAGAUUUCCGCAACAACGUGGGCGAGGUAAAUAA